CCUGGCCGCGCGGGCGCGCGAGAGGCUGAGGCGGCGCCGGGGCGGGCGCGGAGCUGGCGAGAGGGCGGUGAAGGCGGCGCCGACGGGGCCCGCUGAGGCGCGCGGGGUAUCGGCGGCGCCCGGGAGCCUGUCGCUUGCGCGGUCCCUCCGGUUCGCUGGGUCCGGGCGAGAGGCCCCACGGCGGGAGGCAGUAUGUCGGUGGCGGGGCUGAAGAAACAGUUCUAUAAGGCGAGCCAGCUGGUCAGUGAGAAGGUCGGAGGGGCCGAAGGGACCAAGCUUGAUGAAGACUUCAAAGAGAUGGAGAAGAAGGUGGAUGUCACCAGCAAGGCUGUGACAGAAGUGCUGGCCAGAACCAUUGAGUAUCUGCAGCCCAACCCAGCUUCACGGGCCAAGCUGACUAUGCUCAACACGGUGUCCAAGAUCCGAGGGCAGGUGAAGAACCCCGGCUACCCACAGUCCGAGGGCCUGCUGGGCGAGUGCAUGAUCCGCCACGGGAAGGAGCUGGGCGGCGAGUCCAACUUUGGGGAUGCCCUGCUGGAUGCAGGGGAGUCCAUGAAGCGCCUGGCAGAGGUGAAGGAUUCUCUGGACAUAGAGGUCAAGCAGAACUUCAUCGACCCCCUGCAGAACUUGUGUGACAAGGACCUCAAGGAGAUCCAGCACCACCUGAAGAAGCUGGAGGGCCGCCGCCUGGACUUCGAUUACAAGAAGAAGCGACAGGGCAGGAUCCCCGAUGAGGAGCUGCGCCAGGCCCUGGAGAAGUUUGAGGAGUCCAAGGAGGUGGCCGAGACCAGCAUGCACAACCUCCUGGAGACCGAUAUCGAGCAGGUGAGCCAGCUCUGUGCACUGGUGGAUGCCCAGCUCGACUACCACCGGCAGGCCGUGCAGAUCCUGGACGAGCUGGCCGACAAGCUCAAGCGAAGGAUGCGGGAAGCCUCCUCUCGUCCCAAGCGGGAAUACAAGCCCAAGCCUCGGGAGCCCUUCGACCUUGGGGAGCCUGAGCAGUCCAACGGGGGCUUCCCUUGUGCCACGGCCCCCAAAAUCACACCUUCAUCAUCUUUCCGGUCUUCCGACAAGCCCAUCCGGACCCCCAGCAGGAGCAUGCCACCCCUGGACCAGCCGAGCUGCAAAGCACUGUACGACUUCGAGCCCGAGAACGCAGGGGAGCUGGGCUUCCACGAGGGUGACGUCAUCACGCUGACCAACCAGAUCGACGAGAACUGGUACGAAGGCAUGCUCCACGGCCAGUCGGGCUUCUUCCCCCUCAGCUACGUGGAGGUGCUGGUGCCCCUGCCGCAGUGAGGGCGUCGGCCCGCUCCACCCGGCCUGUGCCCACCUGCCCUCUGCAGCCAGGGCAGUGCCCGCCGGCGCUCCUGGGCCCAAGGAGGGGAAGGCAGGCCCCCCUGGGGCAACAGGGGCCAGGGAGGCAGGGGCCGCUGACAGUAGCGCUCACCCACAGCCUCUCUCCACGCAGCAGUCUUGGGGCCGGGCAGUAUUUUUCCUCCUUGCUGCUCCCUGACUGCGCGUCCCCAGCCCCGUGCCCCGAGGGGGCUGACACUAAGGUGCUCUUAGAAACACUAACUUCCUCUUGCCCCUCCAGGAACGGGUAACUCCAGGUGAGCCCCCUCAUUCACACACACACACACACACACACGUGUGCACACGACCCUGUCCUGUCUCCUCUAUUCUGGGGUGUCCCCCACCCCCCAGGAGUCCUGCCCUUAACAGGAUGAGCUGGAACAUCUGUGCCACUGGGUGUUCUGAGUAGGACCCCUGGCCAAGACUCAGCACCCUGCUUUUAAAUUACCCCACAGCACUCCUUCCCAGCCCCAACUCCAGGGCUCCCCAGGCCCUGGCACACCUGUGAUGCCACCUCCCUGGGGAGACACAGUCCUGGGGUCCUCAGGGUUCCCCUAAAGACCGGCCCUUUCCUGAGCAGCCUUGGAGCUGCUGUCGUCUCCCGCCUCCACCCCGUCCUGCACCCUGUCCUCAGUUCCCACGUGUAGGGCGCCCCACCCCAGACAAGCACACAGACGUUCUUCUCCGGCACAAGCUGCCACCACCAGCUGUGCACACAGCACACACGUGUGCACCACACACGGGACCACAGGAGUCUUCCAGCCUCUGCUCUGCAGAAGGUCAAAUACAAAGGCUUUGAUGAAUGUUCCCAGAGCCCUGGCUGCUGGGACGACCCUCAAGAGGGUCACAGGCGCCUCCCUCCUCCUAAGCUGGCCACUAUCCCCGCUGCAGACAGUGGCCCCAACCGUCUCCCCAGAGACCCAGGCAGGCAGCUGCCCUGACCAGAGCCCAGCCCUGCGUCCACUUCCUCUCUUGCCUUGUCCAAAAAUUGGCUCAACUGGGGGACUUCAGGACUGGAUCACAUUCCCCUCCUCUGAUGACCCGGCACAGCCCCCGGGGACGCCAGGCUCUGCCCCACCCUGAGCCCCCCCAGUGCCAUUCCAGGGGGGAGGCACCGACCUCCUAGCAAAAAGAUGAGCGGCAGAGCUUUGGUCACAAUCGAGGGCAGAUCAAAAUGUAAUCCUUUUUUUAAAAAAGUAUUAAAUGUCUCUUUCUAGA